CAAACAGGUUAGAUUUAGCAUGACAUGAUGGCCUAGGGAGAUUUUAACAUUAAAAUUAGUCCAGUAUCUGUUUUGGUGUUGAUCCUUUACUUCUGUAAAUUACAUUGAACUGGACAGUGAGAGUAACAGACCUUCAGACAACCUGGAGUAAGAAUGGAGGAAUCCAACAACAGAAGAAAGCCAACCAAGAAAAAAGUUGUUGCAGUCGUGGGAGGUGGUUUGGUUGGGUCACUGAAUGCCUGCUUCUUUGCCAAAAGAGACUUUGUUGUGGAAGUCUUUGAAAGCAGGGAAGAUAUCCGGAAAGCCAAAAUUGUGAAGGGAAGAAGCAUCAACCUGGCUUUGUCUCACAGAGGCCGACAAGCCCUGAAACAUGUUGGAAUAGAGGAGAAGAUUGUCUCCAAGGGAAUCCCCAUGCAUGCAAGAAUGAUCCAUUCACUGCUUGGGAAACAGUCCCCAAUCCCUUAUGGCAAGAAAGGCCAGUACAUCCUGUCAGUAGACCGAGCCAAUUUGAACAAGGAACUGCUAACAGAAGCAGAGACAUAUCCAAACACAAAGUUGAACUUCGACCACAAACUACUGGACUGGAGUGAAGAAACAGGGCUAAUGACCUUUGCCAGGUCAGAUGGUUCCACAGAGCAGAUCAAGGCAGACCUAAUUGUGGGUUGUGAUGGAGCUUUCUCUGCCACCCGCAAGCAAUUCCUCCGUCGCAGGCUCUUCAACUACAGCCAGACUUACAUCCCCCACGGCUACAUGGAGCUCACCAUGCCGCCCAUCAAUGGAGAGUUUGCCAUGAAGCCAAAUUAUCUGCACAUCUGGCCACGAAACACAUUUAUGAUGAUCGCCCUGCCCAACUUGGACAAGACAUUUACCUGUACCCUCUUCAUGCCAUUUGAAGACUUUGAGAAGAUCACCACAGGAGAUGGAGUCAUCCAGUUUUUCCAGAAAUACUUUCCUGACACCAUACCACUAAUAGGAAUUGAUGCUCUAAAGAGAGAUUAUCUCCAUUUGCCUGCACAGGCCAUGGUGUCUGUAAAGUGCUCCCCAUAUCACAUUGGCAAUAAGUGUGUCCUUAUGGGUGAUGCAGCCCAUGCAGUGGUGCCUUUCUAUGGGCAGGGGAUGAAUGCUGGCUUCGAAGACUGCAUUGUCUUUGACGAACUAAUGGAUCAGUUCAGUGAAGAUUUCAGUGCUGUACUGCCUGAAUAUACCAGAGUACGAGUUCCAGAUGACCACGCAAUUUCAGACCUGGCCAUGUACAACUAUGUUGAAAUGCGAGCACAUGUCAACUCCAGAUGGUUCCUUUUCAGAAAACAUGUUGAUAACUUCCUCCACUUCCUCAUGCCAAAGACAAUAAUUCCACUUUAUACAAUGAUCACUUUCAGUAGGACUAGAUACCAUGAAGCUGUGAAGCAGUGGCAUUGGCAAAACAAAGUGAUAAAUCGUGGCUUGGUGUUGAGCACAACAGGAGCUGUUUUGGGAGGUUCCUACCUGCUCAUUAAAAAUCCUCCCAAUAUCAACAAGCUCAUCAUCAAUGCAGAGAAAAUGUGGAAGAGCCUGGUGACCCUCAGUACCUCCUGAGCACUGGCAGAGCCUCUGAUAUGACACACAAGAACCAAGACUGGAGCGUUUAGCACUAGAAUGAACAGGGGGAGUCUACAUUUUAACCAGAGCUUGACUGAAACCUACAAUCUACAAUGAAGGCUUGUCCAGGCAAAUUAUUAAACUGAUAUAAUGAUUGUCAUAUCUUAAUAUAUGUCAUAAUAUGAUUUUAAAACAUUUCAUCAGUGUUUAACUGAUGGUGGUUUGACUGAAGGACCCCAACAGUGGAUUCUCUCAGUUGUUAUAAUUGAUUAUUUCAUAUCAUCUUCAUCAUAUGUACAAUUUUUAAUGUGAAACCAAAAUAUCACCAUUAAACACAUAGGCUCACAGACAGGGUCCUUGGUAGAUGUGUAUGAGCUGAUGUCGAUGCUUCUAAAGGAGUUGCAAAUAAGUGUUCCUUCAGUUCAUAGAUGACAUUUUUAAUUUGUCUUUGGCUUCAUUCCUGUCAGUAAUAUAUAGUUUAUGCUAAAUGGGGGCCAUUUUGUGACACUAUCAUUUGCUUUCUUGCCAAGAGUUAGAUGAGAAGAUCAGUACCACUGUCACAUCUAGCAGUUUGCUUAGCCUAAAUACAGGAGGAAAGGGGAAAUGGUUAAUCUGGCUCUAAAAAAAAAAAAAAAAGUUUAAUUCAUGCAAAAAUCUAUUUGUAAAAACAUGGUUUUGAAAAGGGGAUUGCUUGUUUCUUGUCCUGGUGCAGGGGACAAAACAAUCUGCAAAACUGCACUGUUACAGCUUAACACAGAUUAAACAAACAACAUAUACAAUACAUGUGUUCAGAAAUUUAGGAUAGAGCUUCUGUGUACCUCUGAUUCCAGGCUUUUGUUAAGAUGCAGCUUAGCAUAAAGGCUGGCAGUAGCUGGAUGUAGCUUAAUAUUUAACAUAGUCUACAGAAAAGACAGUAAUAUAAAUCCUCUCAUCUAACUCUUUGUAGGAAAGCAAACAAACAUAUUUCUCAAACUACUUUUUUAAUUAAUCAGUAUGAAAACAAAGACCACUCAGACACAAUCUUCCCUGAAUUAUCUCCUAUGGAAACCCAUUCAUCAAGUCCUAUUCAUACUGUAGCUCACAGCCCAGGAGGUUAUGGAGUGUCUCACUGGAGCAUUCUGAGGUCCCAGUCUUAUCUCCUCUUGUCUGUGUGGGUAAGGUACAAAUGAGGUAAAGUACAUAACCCAGGUAGCUUAAAAUAGGGUCUCUUUAUUGAACUGAUACACAGUAAUGUCAGUUUCUAAAUACUCAGUCCUACAAUCAGCUGAUUCACAUCAGCUGCGAGCUCCGCUGGGAGUGUGUCUGUAGAGAGAGGGAGAGAAGAGCGAGAGAGUCAGGUGGCGACCAGCAAACUUGACAUUGCCAUCUACUUUUGCAACAUCUGUGGAGAUAGGCUUGAAGUACUACAACUAUAUGCCAAAUUCAGUGUUAAAGCAAAUGAUAUACCAAGAUGAAUGGUAUUGGGAGUGUUAAGAUAUGAUCCCCAAAGGCAACAAUACAAGACUUUGCUUGCUGAUAGCAAUUUUUAAGGUAUUUGUGGCUUUAACAUUUGUUCUGUAUCUUAUUUUUGACCUUUAUAAUUUUAGAAAAAUCCUUCUCUAUGUCCUGCAAGGUGUUGUAGUGCAGCAGUAGGAAUUUAUAGCUUAUAGUACUUCUCCUUGAACUGUCACUUGGCCCCACUAAUUGUCCCACAACUCUGUGUGAGCCUUUGACUUAUGCUGUUGAACCAGUGACUCCAGUAUCACCUCUGUACAGCUGAAUCGCCAGCAGAGGCAAAUCAAUCUGGCUCUGACAGAUGAUCUUAUCUUCUCCUGCAGUUCUUCUGACAAGCUGGCGAAAGACUGUUAAAGGGGCUGUUUCAGUUUUUAUAGUGGACUGGAACAUUGCUGUUUGGUUAAGCACCUUUACCCACUUCCCUGCUUACAAUAUCUCAUCUCUUCAUCAUUUUAUCCAGCAGCAGAAUAUCCUCUGGCAUAAGAUUAAAACACAGAGAAGAUAAAAAAUCAAAUGAAGGAGCAGUGUGCACGAUGCAGUAUGAAUGUUAUAUCUCUGUCAGAAACAUUUAUCUUUAUGAUAAAAUCCCAGCUCAACUGGAAAACACAGCAUUUUAUCUUGAAAUAAAAUUACAUAGCUGUAAUAUUUAUCAUUUCUUUUUCUUUGAUGUCUGAAAGGCUCUGACUUUCAGCAUGAAUACCAAUGGAAGGUUGUCAGUGCUGGCACAGUUCAAAAGAAAGCUCUUUAGCCUGAUCUUAAUUUUCACACUCUUCUUUCACUUGCUUUGAAUCAGACAUUUUUUCUGCCCAGCUGUGAAUAUGGUCUCAGUAAAAUGUUUUUAAAGUAAUACAUCACAAGUGCUUUUUGUGCCUUCUCUGUUGUUCUAACCAAAUGCCUUUUCCUAAUGGAGUUCCUGCUAAGUAUGUUUUGAUUAGUGAGAGCUUGUGGCUCAACAUAUUGUUACUAUAAAUGUACUGCUUGUUUUUCUCAAGACCACUAAAAUCCGGUGGGGCAUUAUAUGAAACUUUGUAGUAUUACAUGUAUUAUUAUAUGUAUUACACUUGUUUAA